ACUAUUCACCACAAGUCCACAACAACAUUAUUAUUACCAAAAAAUAAAAAUACAAACCAAAACGGUCCACAACCACCGUCAUUGACCAUGUUAUGGCGAAGGAGCUGACCUUCUUUACCUUUACUAUUCUCAACUCUCCCAUUUCUCGGGUUUUCCCCUGUGUUACCGCCACUUCUCACUCUCUCUCCUCAUAAAACUUCAUUUCUCUCUCUCCUCCAAAGAUCCAAAUCCCACAUUCUAACCUUUUUUUUUUUCUUCUUAUUUUCUCUCUCCUCCUUCAUCAAUGGCGGAAAACACCGACGAGCCACCAUCAUCAACACCUCCAUCUUCAACGAAAGAUCCAAUCACACUCCACACUCGUCGCGAACCUUUCGAAUAUGGCCUCCUUCCGAUUUCUAAGCUCAUCUUCACCGAUGGUACCGCAACCCUAGGAUCUCUCAAAGAGAAGCUUCUUCAACAUGCUUCUUCUUCCGAUUCGUUCCGAGUCGACUUGUCCGCCAUAGCUGAUAUCCUUCAAAUCUCUCAAGAACAUUCUAGACUUGUUCUCGAUACCCUAGCUUCUGUUCUUCCUUUCGAUUCGGAUCCUCUUGUUGUUGCGAAACCUGAUGAUGUGCCUGCGAUUGGUGCGAAUGUGUUUGAUUUGAUCCUUUUUUUGUGUAUUCAGUCUUAUAAGAGGCUGUUACCUCGGACUCAUAAGGAUUCUGCUGCUGUUGCUGAUGUUUGGCCUUCGACGUCGGCGUUUGAUGGAUAUUUGUCUGCUCUCUCUCCUCUUCAGCUUGUACGCAGCAAUACUCGCAAAUUUAUGCCGUCACAAGCAGAUGAAGAAGCUCAUCAAUUAUCCUACUUACAAAAGCAUUUACCAAAUAUCCUCACCCUUUUGGCAGAGCCAGUGGAAGGGGAAGGUGACGAAUCUCUGGUAUUGCCCAUGGAGAGAUUUGAGCACCUUGGCUUUCUGAUUCAGUUUAAGGGAUCUGAAGCAGUACCAUUGAGCCAAGCGGCACCCUUUUUCGCAAAUUCAGACCCUGAUAUGCCUGCUGCACCUGUACCUGCAGCACAAGUUCAUGAUUGGCUUCUUCAGAAGAUAGCUGAUGCCUUGGAACAUAUUGCUGAGAGGGCCACUGCUAAGGAAAAUGGUCCAUCAAGUGGUUCUGAUCAAGACAUUGCUAUGGCCGAUGCCAAUACAAACUCAGCUAAGGCUUCAACAAGCUCUAGAGGACUGACUUUUAUUGAAGGGAUCUCUAAGUCCUCCUUUGUGAAACAAGCCGCUGAAGUUAAAGGUUCUUCUCUUAAGGUGUUAAACUGCCAUGACUGUGUUAUUUAUGUAUUAGCACCCUUGAAAUAUGCCACCAUAUAUGGCUGCUCUGACGCGACCAUAGUUCUUGGUGCCGUUGGCAAGGCCUUAAGAGUAGAACAUUGCGAGCGAGUUCAUGUCAUCUCUGCAGCUAAACGAGUUUGUAUUGCCAACUGUCGCGAGUGCAUGUUUUUCUUGGGAGUCAAUCAAGGGCCUCUUGUAAUCGGUGAUAAUCAUAAAUUACAGGUGGCACCAUACAAUACUUUUUACCCACAAUUGGAGGAACAUAUGAGUCUUGUGGGUAUUGAUCCCACUAUUAACCAAUGGAAUGAACCUUUGACACUCGGUGUGGUUGAUCCACAUGAUUCGUUAUCACACCCUGCAGGUGUUUCUGAUGUUCAAGCUGAGACAGCUGCAUUGCUGGAUCCGGAUCAGUUUACAAACUUUUUGAUUCCUAACUGGUUUGAUGGUGAAGUUCCUGGAGCCACUAAAGACAACCCAUUUUCUUUGCCUGAGGCUUAUAUGGCUUCUCAGCAUAAAAAUAAUACAAAUUUGGGGGAGGUUAAGCAAGUACUGCAAGAAACCCCACUUGAUGAGAGCAAGAAGCGAGAACUAUCAUGUGCCCUUCAUGUAUUAUUCAAAGACUGGUUAUACGCUUCUGGCAAUAUUCGCCAACUCUAUUGCUUACAUGGGGACUAAUGCAGACUUCUUGUAUAAAGCUUUGAUCGAGAUGGUGUUGGAGGAUGUUUCUCUGCUUUGAUCUUCGACUUGAGUCUCAUAUUUAUCAGCAUCCUUUGAGUUAAUGUUCACGACUCAUAACCAGGCUUACAUCGUAGUCUGAAGUGUUUGCACCAGCUAGCAUUUGUGCAGGUUGCAUCAUUUUGCACUAGCUAAUCUCAUCCUCAAUUUUUCGUGUAAUGAGAAUCCCUGUAAUAUUUAGUUUCUGUAGUUUCACCCACAUUGUGAAAUUUGAUGCUGGAGUUUCUUCAGUUGUCUGAUUGCAUAUCUUAUUCAAAUGAUGCAUUAUUUUGUUUUGAAA